AUGGCGAAUGCUAUUCUGAGCCAGAGGGACGAGAUCGUCGCUGCCGUUGAGGGUCACAAUGUCGUUGCCUUUUCGGGCCCAACUGAGUCCUACGCAUCCUCAUACAUUCCUUCUUUCCUAUACAAGGCGGGAUUUACGUCAAGCAGCAACUGUCGAAAGAAUCCUCCGCGAAUAUGCGUGGCUCAUUCCCGUCACCAGGAAGUUAAGUCUUCCGCCGAAUCUUGCUCUGUGUUGAUCAACAAUCCUUCCAAAGUUGCAUGUCAUCUGGGUUCGGCGGCUUCACUGGAUUCUACGGCUGACAUAGUCUACGUCACUGAGGACUGCCUGCUGCGGCGUUUGGUUGCUGACCCUCUGCUGUCAGACUACGGUGUUGUGAUUCUGACUGGUCUGCAGGACCGUCUGCUGUGCACUGAGAUUCUCUUGGCGCUGUUGAAGCGCAUAUUAUCGAAGCGUUCGCGAUUGCGCAUCGUGUUAAUUUUUGAGGGUGGCAAUGUGGAUGAUGUAUUAACCUUCUUCCGCCGACGGGCCACAGAAAAAGACACUGCGGCGGAAACAUCUCCCUCAUGCGGGGAUGAGGUGUCAAAACCGAAUCCGGGAAGCUUGCUCCCGUUGGGUGAUGUUUAUCAUGUCCACCUGAAAUGUGACUCCAUCUCGUACAAGGUGCAGUACCUAUCGGCGCCUUGCCCGAAUUAUUUGGACGCCGCAGUAUCUACAGUGUGGAGCAUAUGCCGAAGCGAACCAUCCGGCAACGUGCUUGUCUUCGUGCCGUCUAGCGAGGAGCUGGAGCUGCUCCACACCAACCUUCUGGAGAGCGCGAAAUCGUUCCGGGAACAGGGAGCAGGUAGUUUGAAUGUCGUACCGCUUGGGGUCGGCGGAUCUACAGAGCAACAUAUUAAGAAGAAUCCUUAUGCCUCUCGAAACAUUUACAUUUGCUGCGAUCUCAAGGAUUACCGAAGCAAAGUGGACAGCAUACGUUACGUGGUCGACUGCGGUUUCAGCCGCAGAAUGGUCUCCGACCACGUUAACACCGGUUCUGUGGCCUGUACGGUCACCGCCACCCGCGACGAGAUGCGGCGGCGGUCAAACAUAAUUCGUGGCUCUGGGAAAUGCUACCGGCUGCUAACAGAAGCCCACUUUAUGGACAACAGUUUGGUGAUGGAGUUCCCGAUCUCCGAGAUGAAGACGACAGACCUGACUACGAUGAUUUUGUUCAUCAAAUCAUUGGGUGUCGCCGACUUUUCGGAUUUCGAGUUCGUGGUGCAGCCGCCCAUCGAUGCGAUCGAGCAUGCGCUUACCACUCUGUUUCUACUCGGCGCCAUUGACGGUAACGGCGAUGUAGUGUAUCCGUGUGGCAAUGUGAUGGCCGAACUUCCAUACACCGCCAUGCUGUCCAAUUUCCUUUAUCGCAGCACCGAGCUCGGGUGCUCUGCAGAGGCGCUUACUAUUUGCGCAAUGCUUGAGGUGCAGGAUAUCGUGCUAAAGCGCGGAAAUGUCAAAUCGACAUACCAGACUGAGCGACUACAGGCAGCCAUGCGCGGAUUCGCUGCUAGUGAGGGUGACCUAUUUUCCUACUUCAACGUGUAUCAGCUAGCGCGCUACUACCGCGACGAAGAUUCCAAGUGGCUCGGAAGGCACAUGGUGAGUGGCUCCGGCAUUCGUUCGGCGGAGAAGAUCCGAAGCCAACUUGCGGCUUUGCUUAAGAAGUACCAGCUUCCGGAGGUUAGCUGUGGUGAUAAUUCGGCGGUGCUGCUUGAAGCCGUAUUCAAGAGUUUCUUUCUGAACGUGGCGUGCAAGGAGCACUUGGUGAGGACUCUACUGACAUCUAGGCAUCUAGAUGUGGGUCUAAAGGUGAAGUCAAAGGUGUUGGACGAUGAAGGGAACGCAAUACUAACCAACGAGUUGCAGCCAUAUCUGCUAGUAGCAAGCCUUGACACUAGCAAAACCCGGCGACUCUACAUCCACUCCGGCUCCUUUUUGGCGGAUGAGCAACCCGAUUGGGUGGUGUUCAACGAGUCGAUGGACAUCGACGGCGAGUACUUCAUGAGGGACGUCACUGCGAUUCAACCAGAAUUCCUACAGAAGUAUGCACCUCACUACUAUGGCGAGGUGCAGGUGCGAAGUUACCUGACGGAUAACUGA